AUGAGCAAUAAAGUGGAGGGUCGUGCGGUCAGAUUGCCGGUCGAAAAGUGGUCUCGACCUGAAUUGGAAGAUCGAUUUCAUACAACGUACGCCCGGAAUUUGGAACUGGGUCAACGGAAUGUGGCCUUGGAGAAGGAACUCAAAGUGUAAGUUGAAAAAAACCGUAUUUUAUAAAGUUUUAUAGUCUAAAUGGAAGGUUGAGGAAGUCGGUUAUGAACAAGGAGAAUAUUAUUGAUGAGAAUGUGAGGGAACUCGAAAGGAAGAACAAGUUUCUAAACGAAAAGGUGGGUUUGGACUCUAAUUAAGUAAUUUGGAGAUCUUAGCUCCAUUCUCUAAAGCAUCAACUGCUCGCUUACACAAAACCUUCGGCCCAAUCGGCUACAGUAAACUCGUUAACUUCAAGAGUGUCUCAGAGACCGAGGACCGCUCAAACCGGACAUUUGACUGAGAAAAAUCAUCAGGAUAGAGAUCCGGAAGAGCGCAAUGUUAUCUCCAGACCACAAACUACGGGUCAGAUUGAGAUUAAUAACAAUGACGAGAGAUCUGUACUGUAAGUUUGAGGUUUGAAAUUGUAUGGCUAAAUUUAGACUACAAGGGAUCGGAGAAAAAACUGUCAUCAUCAAAUUGAACAAAGAGCUUAGGGAGGAAAGAGAGCGAUUAGAAGUUGCAAGAUACGACGUGGAGAACAAAAGUAAAGUACGUUACACUAACAGGUUUAGAGUUUUUUGAAAGUUCCUAUAAUUUGUUUUGCUUUUUAAUCACGUUUUUGAUGAUUUAGCAAAUAGAAAAGCUAAAAAAUAUUAAUCAAUCGCUGAACAACGAGCUUGAGCAGUCCAGAAGAUCAGUCAGAGCCCUGGAACAAUCUACUUCAAGGUUAAAAUCAGAGGUCCAAAAAUCAUCAGAAUCGAGUCAAACUUCAACUCAAGUGGUCAGGCAAGAGUUAAAACAGCUGAAAGAUGAAUUGGAGAGCCUUAAGCAAGCCAAUAAACAGCUAAUUGAGAGGUAAGGACAUUAAGUUCUUUAUGGAUUAGAUAUUGAUACCAGCAAAUCUCAAAAUUUUAGUUUCAGCUCAUUAAGAUCAAAUGUCGGCUUAGUUGAUGGUAAUAUCAAUGAGCUAAAAGCCCAGAUUGACCAGCUGACAAGUGUAAUUCAACGCUUGGAGAAUGAAAAAAGUCAAAUGAAGAGGAAUUACGGAAAUCUGGAGAGGGAUUACAAAGAAUUAUAUAAACAGUCGAAGAAAUUUGAGUUCAAACAACAAGAAAGUAGGCCGAAGGCAAGACCACAGCCUGAGAGAGAGGUGAGAGGGCGGAAAGAGAAGGAUAAUGUGCUUGAUCGACUCUAUGAUGACAUUACGAAUAUGGUAGAUAGUCAUCUAACGGGGACCGGGAGUGACAGCAGCUAUGAGCGGAAUACAAAGUAAGCCAAAAAAGAUACCAAGCCUACUUGACAGAUUAUUUGACGCUAUUUUUUAAUUUUCUAAAUGUCUUUGUCAAAGGGUUACUGUAGCUUUUGAAAUUACUUCAGAUGGCAGCAGAUGUACAAUGAGAUGUAUAAUGAACUCGAGAAGACACGAAGGAUGGUCGCCAGUGAAUAUGAGAUCAACAAAGAGCUCGGAGUUGAAGUAAGCAUAAGAGGAUUACUGUAAUUUACUCUCAGAAUCAAAAAUUGAAUGGUGAAAAUGAAACCUUGAAGCAAGAGCAUCAACGAGAGUUGGAUUCGAUGAGAGAAACGAUUACUAACCUAAAACGUCAAAUCGAAGUCCUAGAAAAUCAACUGAGAGCGGUUGCCGGAGGGGAUUUCUUCACUUAUAAGGUCUCGGAAGUAAGUGUUUAGCCGCACUGUGCAAAAUUUUUCUGACUAAAGAUCUGCACUGUGCAAGCGAAAAUAUUGUUGACGAUGACUAAAAAUAUUACCGUAUUUUAUAUUGUGUGUCACGAGUAGCGAUAUUUUUUGCAUUUUAGAAGAUUUCAUCCCUAAAUCAACCGGAAAUGAAGUUUGACAUCAACAAGAUCAAGGUGUUCAACGAGAAUCUUUCCGAUCUUUUGUCCCCCAAGGCCCCUCGAUUUUUCAUUUGCGUGGAGUUUUUUGAUUUUGAAAUUGCGACAACUCAAAUUUUCAAUGGCUUGGAUUCUGGGGUGGCCUUUUCGACCUCGUAUGAACUGGUCGUAUCCGAUCUUCUGAUCCAUUAUUUGUCUACGGUAGGUUACAGAACGUCCUUAAAAUGAGUUCCAGGCUAAAUUUAGACGAUUUUUGGAUCUUAAUUUGUUUUUAAGAUUUAUUUUCAGCAGUUUUGCUGUAUUAAUUUAUAUUGUUUUAGGAUGGAAUCAAUCUUGAACUUUAUGAAACAAGUGGGACAAGUUAUCAGAAGAUUGCUGAGUCCAGAAUAUCAUUGAAGGAUUUGCUCGGCCCUAAAAAACAACACAAAAUCAAAGGGAUCGUCGAGUUUGUGGAUAAGAAAAACAAGAUUAUUGCUAAUCUUGAUUACAGUAUUAACGUCCCCGAAGACUUGCUACAGGCUUUGAAGCAACAAAAUGUAAGUCUGACGACUGGAAGCGACGUAUUUUACAAAGGAUUUCUCUUAAUAUUCGAUUUUCAGCGUCGAAUGUUGGCCAAUUCAAUGAUACCGGCCGAUGAAACUGAUGUUGAUGACAUAAAUCGUCUCAUUGUUCAUGUUCAUCGAGCUCAAAAUCUUGAUUCGGCUUUUGGAACAGGUAAAAGGUUGAUUCAACAAAUUUAUAAUCGUAUUUCAGACACGCCCUCGACUUAUAUUGCAUAUCAAAUAUUCGAUUUUCCACCUCAAUCAACUAAAAUAUUAUCAUCCAACCCCAACCCGGAAUACAAUCAUACCCAAACUUUUAACCUCCCCAAUUCGGAAGGAGUCCAUAGCUACUUGAAAGAGAGUGUAAGUCCACUUUUAUGUUCAAGACGACUAUUAUUUUUAGACGAUGACAUUUUAUGUGGUUCAAGAUCCAAGUGCAACAAAUAAAGCUGGAUAUAACGGAUUGUUGAAGGCUGAUCUCAGACUAUUCCCGUUGGCAAGGAAUACCAAGAUCAAUAAGAGUCUGAAAUUGCUACUGGUAAGGAAUUUCAUAUUUAUUUUUAACAUAAAUUUUAUAUUUUUAUGUAUCAUGCAUAACAUAUGUAAUUUAGAGCAAUGGAGAGCCUACGGAAUCGACAAUUGAAGUCAGUGUCUACUGGGAAUUUGAUUACAAGUACAAGGAGAUCCCUGAAGUAUGUUGGAAAGGUCUUCUAAAGGCAUCAAUAUUAUUUUUAGAGCAUCGCGGAGUCAGCUUCUAUGAUUAUAAAAGAAAUCGAUGAACCGCAAGAGCCUGCAAGAUUGAGACCAAAACCUGAUCUGCCUCAAGCCAAGCCCCGAACUUUAGCUGAUAAACCUCCAGAAGUUUCACAAGCUCGUGGCCUAGCUCGUGAGAUACCUGAAGCAGCACCUCGCGAAGGACUUCCCGCGCCCUCUCAGGGCCCGCCGCGGCCAGUAUCCCGUGAACUACCUCCGCAAAAACCUGUAGAACCUCAAAGAGUCUCCUCCCCGCCGUCUUCUUCUCCGUCAUCCGAUGAAGGCCUUGUUGUAAACUUGGAUCGCCCUCUCAAAUACGAUUCGAACAAAAAGGACACGGACUCAGAAGUCAUCGUCCUUGAAUCCCCAAAAACGGAAGUGCCAAUCCCAGCCAAGCGAUUCGAAGGAGUAGAUCCAGUCGCUUUAAAUCGAAGAUUAUCUCUGGAAUUGAUGAAAGAAAAGGAUUCAGAAGUCAGUGACUCCGAGGAAUCCGUAGAAAGCACGGCUACUUUUACUGCGGAAGAGAGAAGACCCUCCAUCAAAGAGUUGGAGGAGGAAAUUGAAGUGGAAGACGAGGAAAAGAACGAAGAUGAAGAAGAAAGUAAUGGCGAAGAGGACAAAAAAGGACCCAGGAUUGUGGAAUUCACCGAGCCGUUGCAUCUCUCAAUCCCUCGUAAGACUUUUUUUAAUUGGAAGCCAUAAAAUGAUGAGAUUUUUUGAUAAAAGUCGUCUUAAUUUAGCCAGUGAUACCUCAAGUUUUGCGGAGAGCAGUGCCCGUUCAGCUGAUGGAAAACCUCUUCGAAAACACUUGCAAAAGAACCAACCAAACCUGAGUUUAGCCUCAGGGCAUUCGAGUUUACGAGUUGUGUCGGAAACUGUAAGACCUGCAGUUUUUUUUCCUACUUUUGAUCUAAUACUUAUGUAGUAAAAAAUAAUAUUUUAGGAGCGAAUAUCCCAUCCAGAUGAAAUCCCCGAAGGCGCGAGUGUAGAACUAAUAGUGCAGAGUCUGAGAGUAGACGAGAAAUCGCCGUUAUUGAAUCAAGAGUACGAUCAUACGAUGAUUUUCAUCGAAUGGAACUUCCUUGAUUUUGACAGAGAAGAUUGCCAGACAGCUAAUAGUAUCGAAAUCCCUCGGAAUUCGAAGCAGACGGCUGAUUUCAACUCGGCACACACUUAUGAAUUAGAUUGGAAGAGAAUCGCGCUUUUAAAACAAUGGAUGGAUUUGAGCAUACGGUAAGGAUCUUCUGUUAUUACUAUGGUUUUGUUGAAUAUCUUGGUCGCCUUGAGGAUUCACGGAAAUUAAAAAAAGGUCUGGCCAUAAAAUCUCGAGCGCUUCCCUCUUUGUCAUCACGAACUCGAUUUUGUUUAUAGAAUGAAAUUUGUGAUGGUAUUGGAGAACAACGACCAAGAAGAAGUCGAAGAUCUAGGCGAAGGAUUUCUGGAUUUGGACGAAGUCAUUGGAAAUAAAAAUCAAGUUUUAACUUGUAAGCAAACUAUAUUAUACUUGCUUUACCUAAAACAAUGUCUUUUUUUACCGAAAUCUUUUCAGUUUAUGACGUGGACAUGUUGCCUCUGGCCACAUUGGACCUGGAAAUUAACUAUACCGAGGUUUUGCUCAGACAUUUCGAUGAGCUUGAUGGCAAUAAUAAUUAA